AUGUUAAGCUCUGCCUGGGCUAAAAGUGAAAGGCGACAUCAACCGAUAAACCAGUCUGCGGGUGAGGCAUACGACUGGGAAGAGUUUGCUCUGACUCUGCAGCUUCCCCAAAGCAACACAGGAGCAGCAACUUACCUUUCUGCCUCAGCAAUGGCAGAAGCUGUUAUAAGACACUGGGUGGAAACUCCCAUACGCUAUCAAGAGCAGUUUGACGUCCAAGAGCUGGAAGCACACAAACUGGACCACUCUUUAUAUGCUUUGCCAGGCCCUUCUACGGCUGCCCUGAGCAGCAGAAAGUGUAUUGCAGAAAGUACAGCUGGGGCCGGGAAGAGCGGCCAGGAGGAGGAAAACACAUGCUUUCAGGUCUUGCUGGACGUUGUGCAGUUCCGCCCUGAAGAUAUCAUUAUUCAGACUUUCGAAGGCUGGCUCCUGAUCAAAGCUCAGCAUGGACCCAGGAUGGACGAACACGGUUUCAUAUCCAGGAGCUUUACCAGACAAUACAAAUUACCUAAUGGAGUGGAGAACAAAGACUUGUCUGCGCUUUUCUGCCAUGAUGGCAUUUUGGUUGUUGAAAUGAAGAACUCAGUGGGAAAGAAUUAGAGUCUUGUCCAUAGUAUAUUGGCUCUGGAAAAGCACACAGAUUGAGACUGAAGGAUACUAUCAAGAAAAAAAACCAUCACUAUUUCUGCAGUUCAAGCUUGUAUGCGAAAAAAAACUUGAGACAUUACUUUUUAGAAGUGUGUUGCAUGUUUGAAACUAUAAGAAAUAAGAAUAAUAACUGACUAUAUUUGCUUGAAAACACAGUAAGUAAAAAUGAUACUUUCUGUCAAAGAUAAAUUAAUUUGAAAGAAAACAUUCAAAGACCUUUAGAAAAUUUGUUUUAUUUAACAUAUUCUGUUAUCUAUUAGCAACUGAAGAAAAAAAUAUGUUGCUUACAAAUACUCAAAAGGAUCAAAUUCUUUCCUGUGAAGCCCCAGUAAUAAAAAAGGCAUUACUCUAGCACAGAUGCCUUUAUUCUUAUGCAUUUUAGUUAGUCUUGUUUUUCAAUCAGAUUAGUAUUCUUCAUGUUGCUUGACAGUCUGUGUCUUCAAGAGCAAAUUUUUCUGCCUAUGUGUAGUCCCACUCUCCCUGUACCAACAUGGGCUCUACAUGAAUUUAAUUUUAAGUGCGGGGGUUCCUUCCUACAGAUACAGUUUUAAUUUCUGUCCCAGUUUGUCUCAUUUCAUGAGAGUGGUACAGAUGAAAUAAAAAUCCACCUACUAUAUCCAGUAUCUGGUCUUCUCAACAUUAAAAAAAAAUAAAAAUGCUGUGAGUUUGUAAAUACUCAAACAUUUGAGGAGAUCUGCAGCUGCAAGUCAAACUGCCUCCUUCUAUGUGUACUGGAGAUGAGUAUGACUGCUGUGCUAUGAAUAGUAAAGGAAUGUGGAAUGGAAAGUGCCAGGUUAAAUACAGACUCUUUAUGAUAGCCAUCUGCUGUUUGGACAAAUCAAAAACAUAUUCAAAUGAAACUGAAUACAAAUACAAUUUGAAGAAUAUGAGAAAAAUCUGAUGAACAAAACCCAGGCUCUCGCUAGCUGAACCCAGAGAGUUCCUUUAGUUUAAAAUGAAAGCCUUAUGCUUGUACUUCUGCACAUGUCCAUUCAUUAGAAAGAUUUAUGUCAUGGUUGUUUAGACUUGAAGAUAUUUGAAGCAAUUGACUUUAGAAAAGCGGGUAGUCCAAUGCUUGUAUUUUAUUUAUUAUUUGUGCUAAAACUCACCAGGUAUUUGUAUAAGAAAUGCAGAAUAAGGUCUGGAUCGUAAAUUUCCAUCAUGUGCAAUUAUUUUAUUUUUUUAAUAGAGCAGAAGUCAAGAACCUAAUGUUUUCUAACAAACCAAAGCAAA